AUGGUAGAUGCUGCCGCACAAGACACCGGUGCAGAGACUGACGCACAGGAUACCGGUGCAGAGACUGACGGGGACGAGUCUGUGGGAUUUCCUGGUGGACCCAAGGACCCAUCAGUGCUUACAGAGUAUGCUGACCAUGUUGCGGGCAGUAUAUGGUCUGGACAGAAACGUUCUGAGUUGAAGUUAUGCUCCCAUGGGAGGAAGGUGCAUAAAUUGGGCAGGCCUGUUCCUGUAAUUGAGGACAUGGAGACUUCUAGUUUCCAUCUUCCUGUGGGGAAGGUGUCGAUCACGCUGGACGACAUCGUGUCUCUUCUCCAUUUGCCUAUCAUUGGCGCAUUCCAUGACUUCCAGCCUCUGCGCACCGACGAGGUGGUGGUGUUGUUGGUUGAGUUACUGAUGGUCUUAGCAGAGGUGGUCUUGGCCGAGAGAGGCCAAUAUGGUGUACCAUAUGCGUUCCAUGACCUCACUCUUGUUGGGAGGUAUGCAUGGGGAGCUGCUGGCCUCGUCCAUAUGUACGAUCAACUUAAUGAUGCCAGCCUCAGCACCAGCCAACAGCUUGUUGGUUACAUCACCUUGUUACAGAUAUACGAGCACUUUUCGUCAGUUGCAGAGUGCAAUGCUGAUCCGGACUAUGAUGAGGUGUCACCAUGUGCGUGUCGAUGCAUUGCGACGAAGAAGACUGUGAAGAAGGUAUCUACAGCGACGUACAGGCAGCGCCUGGAUCGUCUGAGGAUCCCAAAUGUUUGCUGGAUGUCAUAUGCGAAGCACCGACCUGUGCAGGACUUUCAUCCAAUUUCGUGCUUCUCGGGACAGCUCCCUUGGGGGCCUGUUGUUGUCAGAUACAGACCAGAGAGGGUUAUGCGUCAGUUCGGUUACGUCCAGUGCAUUCCUACACAACCUGUCCAUUCAUAG